AUGGCUGGCCCCCAACCCUUCGCUCCUUGCGCUAGGGACCUGUACGACCGCGUCCAGUCGAAUAUCACAGAUCACCUGCGCAUCAGAGACGUCGGUGAGCUGGGGCCUGCGUUGCGAAACCUGUCUUCGCUUCACCGGCUGAACGGCAACAUCGUCAAGAACCUCGAAGCUUUGCAAAACAGCUUCCAGAGGCUGCGCCUGCCACCUUCCGGUGGCGCGUCAGGCAUCGAACCCUUGCAGCGAACACUGCAGUCGGCCAGCGAAGCCUUCCGCAACAUGUCCAAGUCGGUGACGUCGGGCGCCGCUCUGCAGACAGUGGUGCAUAACUUCAACCGAACGUUGCAAACAUUCAACAGCAUCGCCACGGCAGGCGUGAAUGCCAUGACCCCCACGGCCAAUCAGCUCGUGCAUCGCUUCCAGGUGCAAAAGGCGAUGAGACAUGGAGACGAGUGCUUCGAGAGCUAG